UGUCAGCUGAUGGCAGUUCGGUUGGCGGGCAAGUGAUUUAUGUUUCAAUUUCUUUGUUUUAGUUCCUAAUUAAAUAAAAAAUUAAAAAGCAAAUUACUGUUAAAUCUUAUUUGUAUAAGAACAAUACGAUUUUACACUUACGGAGAACAUGUCAGCAUUACAACCUAUACAUGCUCUGAGUUUGGAUUCUGUUCAGCAACAAGCAUUCAUAAAGUACUACCAUGGACUACCUGAAAAACCACCAACCACAGUGAGAAUAUUUGAUCGCAAUGACUACUACAGUGUCCAUGGCGUGGACGCCACCACCGCUGCAAGAGAGGUGUUUUCCUCUGUCUCCAAUAUCAAAAAAAUGGGGAUCGAGCCUAAUAAAUUGGAUUACCUGGUGCUCUCUAAAGGAAACUUCGAAACACUCAUUAAGAAACUAUUGUUGGUGAGACGGUACAGAGUAGAAAUAUACGUAGCAGAGGGUUCAGUAAAGAGCAACGAUUGGGUGCUUAGAUACAAAGGGUCGCCUGGCUGUUUGUCUCAGUUAGAAGAGGUUUUAGGAGAGGGUCUCGGGGUUUCUGAGGAAAAUGCCCAGUGCUUGAUGGCAGUGAAUAUAAAGACGGAUACGAUGACCAAGGGUCGUCUUCUAGGCGUCGCGUGUGUAUCAGUGUACGAGUACCAGUUAUCAGUAUCGGAGUUCACCGACGAUGACCUGCUGACGGGGCUGGAGACGAUCGUGGUGCAAAUGGCGCCUUCGGAGUGCCUCGUACCCCUUAGCGAUAACGAUGACUAUAAAGCGCUCAAAAAAGUAAUGGACCGAGCGAGUGUGACAUUGACUAAAUUGAAAAAGAGCGAGUUUUCCACCGAAGGUCUGAUCCAGGACCUCAAUCGCCUCCUCAAGUUUAAAGAGAAUCAAACUCAGGACGCCAACGCUUUUCCAGAAACGAGGAAUGACACAGCUAUGACUAGUCUAGCUGCGGCCGUCAAAUAUAUGUCAUUGUUGUCAGACAAUACUAACUUCGGCAGGUUCCGCAUAAACACGAUCCAAAGCGAUUGUUUCCUACACCUUGACGCGGCGGCUUUGUCAGCACUGAAUGUUUUCCCAGAGUUGGGAGAUAACAGCCAUUCUCCUUCGCGAAGCUUGUUUGGUCUGCUUGAUAGGUGCAGGACUCAACAUGGAAAGAGACUUUUGGCCCAAUGGCUUCGUCAGCCUCUCCGCGACAUAAACCUGAUAAACGAGCGUCUAGACAUCGUGGAAUUGUUGGUGAACAGUUCUCAGUUGAGGCUGCAGUUAUAUGAUGAUCAUCUCAGAAGGAUACCGGAUUUGCAGGCUUUGGCCAGGCGGUUGACGAGGAAGAAGGCUAAUCUACAUGACUGCUAUAAAAUAUAUCAGGCUAUCAAAAGACUUCCAGCACUACUACAAUGUCUGGCCGAAGCUGAUCAUGCAACUGUUCACUCCGCUCUCUCCGAACCAAUAUCAGAGUUGAACGGAGACCUUGACAAGUUUCAACAAAUGAUCGAAACCACGAUUGAUAUGGACGCUGUAGACAGAGGAGACUUCCUCGUAAAGCCAUCCUUCGACGAACAACUUCAGAGUUUGAGUGAACAACUAGAACAAUAUCAAUCUGCUGCCGAGAAAGAGUUGAACAAAGCCGCGCGAGAUUUAGGUUUGGAUGCAGGAAAAUCUAUCAAGCUGGAGAUUAACCCACAAAAUGGCUUCUACUUUAGAGUGACAAUGAAAGACGAGCAAAAUCUUCGCGGCAACAAGAAGUAUACAAUUAUAGACGCUGUUAAAGGGGGCGUAAGGUUCAAAACUAAUGCACUGGAAAAUAUAACGGAAGAUUACGUGAAUGCGAAAUCUACGUACGAAAAGGAACAAGAUAAAGUUGUGGCUGAAAUCGUUUCCAUCGCCGCUGGAUACUCGGAAUGUCUGUCGUGUCUAUCUCAGAUAUUAUCUCGACUAGACGUUCUAGUUUCUUUUGCUGUAGCAGCUUCUUCCGCCCCCCACCCAUACUGCCGGCCUGUUCUCACUGAAAGCUUGGAUGAAUUCAUUUUGAAAGAUGUCCGUCAUCCGUGUUUAGAAGUGCAAGAAGGAGUGUCGUAUAUUCCCAAUGAUGUUGUGUUUAAACGAGGUGUAGGCACAACGCACAUAGUGACAGGCGCGAACAUGGGCGGGAAAUCUACUUGGAUGCGGUCAUGCGGCGUGGCGGCGCUGCUGGCGCACGCCGGCUGCGUGGUGCCCGCGCGCCGCGCCGCGCUGCCGCGCCUGCGCGCCGUGGCGGCCCGCGUGGGCGCCGCCGACCGCGAGGACCGCGGCCAGAGCACUUUUAUGCUGGAAAUGAUCGAGACUGCGGCCAUACUGAGGACCGCAACACCUGAUUCACUAGUAUUGGUUGAUGAACUCGGGAGAGGAACAUCCACUUACGAGGGCUGCGGCAUAGCUUGGGCUAUUGCAGAAGAACUCGCGAACAAAAGCAAAUGUUUCUGCCUAUUCGCAACCCACUACCACUCGUUGACUCGCCUCGCGUCCUUACAUCCUGGUGUGAUUGUGAACUCCCACGCAGAAGCCUCGGUUGUGGACCAACAACUCGUGUUGUUGCACAGAAUAUCGCCAGGACCCGCCUUGCAGUCCCUGGGGAUACACGUGGCUAAGUUGGCUGACCUUCCGGACUCGGUUAUCGAGUAUGCAGAAGAGAAGCAAGCGCAACUUGAAACGAAUCUGUACGAAUUGGAGACAGAAGAAACUUUGGAAGGACAGAAACUUGUCACGGAUUUUUUGCGAAAAUGCAAAGAAUUAAAUGAAUCGAUCCAAUCCGACGAUGAAAUGAUGAAGGAAAUAAGAAAAUUGAAACAGGACUUACUGAAACGAAAUAAUAAGUACGUCCAAUCUGUGAUUGCAUAAGUUGUUGUUACAUCCGCAUUUUUGUAUGUAAGACAUUGAAUAAAAUACUCUUGUUAAUCCCUUAUUUACUUUUUAAGUACAGAGAUCAUGUGUUUACCGCUCCAAUAAAAAAAUAUUGGCAAAUCAAUUUACUUACAUUCUGGCGAUAAGUGUCCGAAGAACUAAUUGUGAAAAAUAAUUACGCCUACUUUUUAAUUUCACAACAUUCGCAUACUCCAUUGAUAAAUAUUACAACACAGAAAAUUCAAUUAUUUG